CUCCUGUUCCCUAUCAACACCUAUAUAUACCAUUAGGUUUAAUUAAUAAUCAAAAUCAUAUAAACAUGGGGAAUUGUUAUUGUACCUCUAGUAAGACGACGGCCAUGAUGGUGGACACAAGCGGGAAUGUUCACCGGAUCAAGCUGCCACUCAACUCCGGGGAGCUUAUGAUCGAGCAAAUCGGCCACGUCAUCACUCCCGCAGACGUACUCCAAAGAACGCGACGGAUCUCGCCCUUGGGGGCCGACGAGGAGCUCCUACCGGGAAAACUUUACCUGCUGGUUCCGGCGAGUAGGGUGCACUCAAAGGCUUCCCCAUCGGAGAUCGCCAAAACUCAUAUCAAGAACCACAAGAGUCUCAAGAUGGAACACGGAGAAGACAAAAUUACCCCUGUGGGUGUGGGUGUGGGUGUGGGGUUAGGGUACCAAGGGAAAAGAAGAUGGAAUCCUGUUCUGGACCCUAUUCUGGAAUCUUCUAGAGAAUCUAACUACCCUUAAGCAGUAAAAUAUAGAGUAUACUUUCUCUUAUUUAUUUGAUGGAGUAGUACGUUAGACUCACUACUCCUCUUGUUAGUUAAUCACUUCUAGAAUCACCUCAAUUAUACAUUUUCUUUUCGGAAUAUACCCUUAAACAUUAUGUAAUCAUUCAUUGACACAGAUCAAAGCUACAGAUGCUAGUCAAAAGCAAAAGCUUCUAGAAUGGCAACUACUUCCCUCAAAUUUAAGAAUAAUACCCUUGUUCCUAUUUUCAAUCUA